AUGGAUACUGUGACGGUUCAUUAUUGGCCAACGGAAGCACAGGGCUGUUUAUCGAUACAACCACUUACACUUUUCCUCACGAUCACGCUCCUACUUUCAUCGUGUACAACAUUUAUGUUAUGCACAUCCGUUUGGACUAAUCACUGGGAAAAUAUGGAAUGGGAUUUUCAAGAAGCAAUAUCAGUUUUGAAAACACAAAAUAAAUCGUCCAAAUGGUUGAAUAACGUAAAUACCGAAUGGCUAGUAAAUGGAAAUACAUUAAAAAUAACAAUUAACGCUGCAAAGCCAUCACCGGUAAAUAAUGGAAAAUUAUUAGUUUUGGCUACAGCAAAUCAAUAUCAUCAAACGGAUUUUUACGACAUAAACCCACUAUUAUAUCAAACGGGGGAAAAGACUACAGUUAUACUUGCACCAAUGUACGGUGGAAUUUGGACUUUAUGUAUCUCUCUAACAGAAGAUCAAUUAGUACAACUGCAUCAAGAAACAAAUAAUAAAAUGGGAUCGGUGCUACCCAAAUGUGUUAAUUAUUUAGCUGAAGAACCCCCAGAAGAAGAGUAUUUUAAACCGGACUGGCAUCAUAGAAUGCAAAAUAUGUCAAUAUCAUGUGCAUUGGUGUGCAUUAUAAUAGUUGUUACUGCAUCAUUGAUUGGACUUUUUUCUAUUUUCCGCCAUCAAAUUAGUGCUAUGUUAAUCACUGCUGUGAUGUAUUUAUUAGCAGCAACUUUUGGAUUGUUCACAUUGGGAAUAAUGCACAAUAAACAUCACUCAAGAAAAACACAUAGCCAGAAUAAUUGCAAUCAAUCACUAGCACUUAUAGAUGGUAUGAUUAAUGCCGGUGGAAAUAUGUGUCAAACAAUGCAGUUCUGGGAACAAUUGCUGACAUCUAGAAUAUACUCACUAGGCUGGAGUGUAAAUAUGGGAUGGAUAGCAGUUAUUUUAUGUAUUUUAACUAGUAUUCUAUGGAUUAUUUUAUCUAAGAUAAUGAGAGUAACCAUAAAAUAG